AUGUCGAACGCCCCGAACGGGAAUACACCAGGGUCGCGUCCUGAAGCCGACCUUGCCGAGGCUUUCAAGGAGCUUUCGCGAGGCGAACAAACCGCAGCUUCUAUGGAGCAACACCUCGAUUCGAUCGAGAAAAAGAUAGAGGAGCUUCUGGCCCAAGCAGAACAGGCAGAGAAGGACAUGGCUGCAUCGACAGCCAACAAGCCGCCGCAAGACAAGGGCAAGGAUUCGUCUUGA